UCACAUAUAUUUAUAGAACGGAUCCUCCCAUUCCCCUUAGAAUCUCCCUUCCAUGUAUCCCAGAUUUCUUUCUUCCAUUUAUAUAUUCACAUAACCCCUACAAGAAAAAAUAAGAAAGUCCAAAACUAUACCGACCCAUUAAAAUUGUUCCCAUCGCCCCCCCAUAAACCCAAUCCCCCAGCCUCCCCCAUAUGGUCAUGGAGGUGGAGUCUCAGCUGCCUCAACCACCACGGCCGGAGAGGCCGACGGUGGUUACCCGACUCAACUCAUACGUGGUGGACAGUUGGGUGGGGAAGCGGUUCAAGCUUUCGGAGCGCGGUAGCACCUUCACGACAGAGCUGAGGGCCGGGACUGCCACCUUCCUCACCAUGGCGUACAUCCUCGCUGUGAAUGCCUCCAUCCUCGCCGACUCCGGGGGCCCCUGCUCUGUCUCCGACUGCGUUCCGCUCUGCUCUGACCCGUCCAUAGCGGUCUCGAACUGCACCGGUCCUGGCCUCUCGGUCACCCAGCCCGAUGUGUCGUGCAAGUUCAAUCCGGUCAACCCGGGCUAUGAAGCCUGCCUCGACCGGGUCCGAAAGGACCUGAUAGUCGCCACCGUGGCCUCGUCCCUCAUCGGGUGCAUCAUCAUGGGCACCUUUGCUAACCUUCCCCUCGCCCUUGCCCCCGGGAUGGGCACGAACGCUUAUUUUGCCUACACCGUGGUCGGGUAUCACGGGUCCGGCAGCAUCUCGUAUCAGAGCGCCCUUGCGGCUGUGUUCAUAGAAGGCCUACUCUUUCUUCUAAUCUCCGCGGUUGGUCUCCGGGCGAAGCUUGCGAAGCUCAUCCCAAAACCUGUCCGGAUCAGCUCAUCGGCUGGCAUCGGGCUGUUCCUGGCCUUCAUUGGGCUGCAGAACAGCGAGGGGAUCGGGCUGAUCGGUUACAGCUCUUCAACUCUAGUCACCCUAGGGGGCUGCCCGAGUUCAUCCCGGGCCUCACUAGCACCCGUGAUCGCCGCUGCCAAUGGAACCGUAAGCCUGAUCCCUGGCGGGACUGUCUCAGGAGACAUCCUCUGCCUCAAGGAUCGUAUGGAGAGCCCGACGCUCUGGCUCGGGAUCGUAGGCUUCGUGAUCAUAGCCUACUGCUUAGUAAAGAACAUCAAGGGCGCUAUGAUUUACGGCAUCGUGUUUGUCACCGCGGUCUCAUGGUUCCGCAACACUUCUGUCACGGCAUUCCCGAACACGGAAUCGGGGAAUUCUGCAUACGCGUACUUCAAGAAGGUCGUGGACAUCCACACGAUCGAGAAGACGGCAGGCGCCCUUAGCUUCGCGAGCAUUGGGAAGGGGUCCUUCUGGGAAGCUCUCAUAACGUUCCUCUACGUGGACAUCCUCGACACUACGGGGACGCUCUAUUCAAUGGCGCGGUUCGCAGGGUUCGCGAGCCCCAGUGGGGACUUCGAGGGGCAGUACUUUGCCUUCAUGUCGGACGCGUCCUCAAUAGUGGUGGGAUCGCUCCUCGGGACAUCGCCGGUGACGGCCUUCAUCGAGUCGUCGACGGGGAUCAGGGAGGGCGGAAGGACAGGGCUGACGGCCAUCACUGUGGCGUGCUACUUUUUCCUGGCCUUCUUCAUUACGCCGCUGCUGGCGUCAAUCCCGGCCUGGGCGGUCGGGCCGCCCCUCGUGUUGGUCGGGGUGCUGAUGAUGAAGGCCGUGGUGGAGAUUGAGUGGGACGACAUGAGGCAAGCUAUUCCGGCGUUUGUUACUCUAAUCCUUAUGCCGCUUAGCUAUUCCAUAGCCUACGGGCUUAUUGGCGGAAUCGGGACUUACAUUGUCCUGCACCUAUGGGACUGGGGAGAGGAAUUCCUAGGCCGCUUCGGAUUAUUCAAAAGGAGGAGCGGCGUGGUCAACCGGGAUGCCCAUCCUGAUUCGAUCGAGGACGGGAGUGCGAAACCGGCUAUUCCGCUGAAUCAACCAUGACGGACUCGAUUGGCAGCUCUCUGCAUCAUAUUGGAACGACAGUGUAGGAUACAGCUUUGAUUUUCGGUAUUAAUUCGACUGUUGGUGUAUUCAAGUUCUUGUGAUUUUUUGAUGAAAUUAUGGGGCGAUUAGAGAAGAAGGAUUAAUUCGUAAACAGGCUAUCGAGAUGUAAAUAAGUCCAUUUUUUUAAAGAAUUUCUCGUGUCAUAUAUGUAGCUCUUCUUUUUUCUUUAAUUCACUAUUUGCAUCUUUCACCCUUUCUUGUUUGA